AUGGAAUUGCCCUUUGCUCUAAUUAAGCCAUGCAUAUUGUUCUUCUUCAUACUUGGCAAUAUAACAUUCCUGCGGGUCCGUGCAAAAACAUCGAAUGACUUGAUCUCUGAUGUCUGCAAAAGAACAACAACUCCGAGACUGUGCUUGCAGAUUCUAAAAUCAAAUGGUAGAGCUCGUAAGGCCUCUUCUCCUCUUGAACUUGGGGAAGUCUCAAUGGACUUGAGCAAAUCCAGUGCUAAAGCAACGAAAAACAUGAUACUCUUCUCGUCUCUAAGAACAAGAGAUAAGGGACUGAAGGAACGAUACAAAUCAUGUGCUGUGAAUUACGACAGUGCCUUAUAUUACAUUAACAUUGCAAACCAGUACUUUAAAGGUGGUGAUUAUGCAAGUGUAGGCAGAUAUACAGCAGCUGCACUAAAUGAGCCAAUUGCUUGUAGACACAACUUUGCAAGGGCUGAACCAGCAUGGCUCAGGGAAGGGAACGACAAGUUGGAAUGCCUUUGCAGUGUCGUUUUGGUUAUUAGUGACCAUCUAUCUGGGAGACACUGCUCAUUUCCUGCUGGCUAA